UAGACUAAUCCAAAAAUCAAAAAGAUUGAACGAACAAAAUCUGUACUAAUACUGCUGCAAUGAACUAACAGAAACCAGCACCAACUCUCUACACCAAAACAUGCAGAUUUCAAAUUCGUUGAUCCUGCUUUCACUACUUUCAUCGCUAAUAAUAUGUUCAUCAUCUUCAUCAAUUCAAGAAUCAGAAGCUGCUAUCGAGUCCCUGCUGAAGCGUUUGGACAGUAAAAGAUCACCUGCAUCAGUGCAAGAAGCUGCAGCCAGGGGUGUACUCCAGAGGUUGCUUCCAACCCAUUUGUCCAGUUUUGAAUUCAAGAUUGUCUCCAAGGAUGGCUGUGGUGGACGCAGCUGCUUCCGGAUAAGCAAUUACAAAAGCUCAAGGAGAAAUUCUCCUCAGAUACUAAUUGAAGGAACUACUGCAACUGAAAUCACAUCAGGCCUGCAUUGGUAUUUAAAGUAUUCGUGUUAUGCUCAUGUUUCGUGGGAUAAGACAGGGGGCAUUCAGAUAGCAUCAGUUCCUAAGCCAGGAGCACUACCUCGUGUAAGUGAUAAUGUGGUGAUAAUUCAGCGGGCUGUGCCAUGGAACUAUUACCAAAAUGUAGUAACUUCCAGCUAUUCAUACGUUUGGUGGGACUGGGAAAGGUGGGAGAAAGAGAUAGAUUGGAUGGCACUUCAGGGAAUUAAUUUACCUCUAGCUUUUACGGGCCAAGAAGCCAUAUGGCAAAAAGUUUUUACGGAAGAUUUUAAUAUCACAGCAGAAGAUUUGAAUGAUUUCUUUGGUGGACCUGCCUUUCUUGCUUGGGCGCGCUUGGGAAACUUACAUGCGUGGGGUGGGCCUUUGUCUCAAAAUUGGUUGGAUAAACAGUUGCUGUUGCAAAAACAGAUAUUAGCCCGGAUGUUGGAGUUAGGCAUGACUCCAGUGCUCCCAUCGUUCUCUGGAAAUGUUCCAGCUGCACUAAAAGCAAUUUAUCCGUCUGCCAACAUAAGUAGACUUGGGGAAUGGAACACUGUUGAUGCUGACCCUCGAUGGUGCUGCACUUUCCUUCUUGAUCCUUCUGAUCCUUUAUUUAUUGAAAUUGGGGAGGCAUUUAUCAAGUGGCAGUUCAAAGAAUAUGGAGAUAUCACAAACAUUUAUAACUGUGAUACAUUUAACGAGAACAGCCCUCCUACUGAUGAUCCAACAUAUAUAUCUUCUCUUGGUUCAGCUGUCUACGCAGCAAUGUCUAAAGCAGAUAAGGAUGCAGUUUGGCUAAUGCAAGGUUGGCUAUUCUAUUCAGAUUCAUCAUUUUGGAAACCACCACAAAUGAAGGCACUUUUGCAUUCGGUUCCAUUUGGGAAGAUGAUAGUUCUUGAUCUAUUCGCUGAUGUAAAACCAAUAUGGAAGUCAUCCUCUCAGUUUUAUGGAACUCCUUAUAUCUGGUGUAUGCUGCACAAUUUUGGUGGCAAUAUUGAAAUGUAUGGGGUAUUGGAUGCAGUCGCUUCAGGUCCUAUUGAUGCACGUCUGAGUGAAAAUUCAACUAUGGUUGGUGUUGGCAUGUGCAUGGAAGGAAUUGAAAAUAACCCAGUCGUAUAUGAGCUUAUGUCUGAAAUGGCAUUUCGAAGUGAUAAAUUCCAAGUUAAGGAAUGGCUGAAAGUGUACAGUCAUAGACGAUAUGGUAAAGAACUGCACCAGCUUGAAACUGCUUGGGAAAUUCUUCAUCAAACAAUAUACAAUUGUACUGAUGGAGUGGCUGAUCACAACACAGACUACAUAGUCCAAUUUCCAGAUUGGGAUCCAACACUUCAUACCAGAUCCGAUUUACAUCAAGAAAAUCAGAUGCAAAAGAUUCCUGGAGUAUACCGAAACAGAAGGUUUAUGCUCCACGAAAUAAGCUCCCCGUUACCUCAGCCACAUUUGUGGUAUGAUACUCAGGAUGCGAUUGCUGCAUUAAAGCUUUUUCUUGAUGCAGGAAAUGAGCUUGCUGGAAGUCUCACAUAUAGGUAUGAUUUGGUUGACUUGACUAGGCAGUCACUAUCAAAGCUUGCAAAUCAGGUAUAUUUGGAUGCCAUAAGUGCUUUCCAAAAUAAGGACGCCAAUGCCUUAGCGGUCCAGAGUCAAAAAUUUUUACAACUAAUUAAGGACAUUGAUGUGCUUCUUGCUGCGGAUGAUAAUUUUUUACUUGGAAGCUGGCUUGAAAGUGCAAAAAGCUUGGCAGUUAAUUCUGAUGAGGCAAAGCAGUAUGAGUGGAACGCAAGGACACAAGUGACAAUGUGGUUUGAUAACACAAAAUACAUUCAAAGCAAGCUUCAUGACUAUGCAAAUAAGUUUUGGAGUGGGCUGCUCCAAGGAUAUUAUUUCCCACGAGCAUCAAUGUACUUCAGUCAUUUAUCAAAAAGCUUGAGUGAGGACAAGGCAUUCACGUUGGAGGAUUGGAGAAAGGAAUGGAUAGCAUAUUCAAACGAAUGGCAAGCGGGCACAGAGCAUUACCCAGUGAAGGCCCAAGGCGAUGCCCUUGCCCUUGCAAAAGAUCUAUACGUGAAGUACCUGAGAUAAGAGUCAUAAGACAACUAUUUUAGGUCAAAGUAGAAAAUUUAGUGUUGUCCUUGCGUUGGCUAGGACUGGAAACUGAGAAGGAUGGAUUAUGCAAAGGAUUUUUUUUUUUUUUGGUGCUUUGAAGUUGAUCCCUUUGCUGACAUAGCAGAGAACAGCUGAGACGAAGAAAAAAUAUAUACAUAAUGUGAUCAUGUUCCAGUAUGAUUUUGUGGAUUAGUCAGGGACCUCUCUGUUAAACCAAGAUUAGUUAGCAGAAAAUUUACUGUUGAAGUAAGCACA